AUUGGAGUAAGCUACAGUCAGUGUUGGCAACAUUUGGUGAUAUACGCUACUUUUAUAUCGUCCAGUGGUGGUUGUUGUGGUCUAUUUUACGGUGUGAGGAUACUUAUUUCCUAUCAAAAGACUUAAGAAUGUGGCAGGAAGCACGCAAGCAGGAGAAACAUAUCAAGACGCUGAUGGUUGAUUAUAAGAGGAGAGCAGAGCGGAGGAGAGAUUAUUAUGAGCGCAUUAAACAAGACCCAAUUAAAUUCCUUCGCUUGUUUGGUAGAUCUUCAAAGCUUCAUCUGGAUUCUGAAGUGACGAAGGCUGCUGAAAACCCCAAUAACAUGAUGCCUUGGAUUGGAGACCCAUCUAUUAUGAUCGAUCGCUUUGAUGUACGGGCUAGCUUGGAACACUAUGACACUCGAGUAGCUGAUGAUGUCAAACUUUCGUCGACAGAAAGAAUCGAAGCCAGGCUAUGUAACUACGAACGUUAUCGGUGCCUUAUUCACAAUGAAUAUGCAUCAGUCACCGAAGCAAUGGCUUUGAAACAAAUCGAAAUGGAUGAAAAGUAUGGUGAUAUGGAAAAAAGACGUAAAGAAGAGGAAGAGGCUACUGUCAAAAAAGCCCAAGAAUCAAAAGCUGCUAUUGGAUUUGUUUAUGAAGAUAGUACAUGUUUUUCUGAACCUACCGUAAUCAAUACCCAACCUUCUACAUCUCAAGAUAAUAGUGAUACCGAUGAUGAAGCAGAUAGUGAUAUGGAUAUUGAUGUCGAAUUGGAUGCCAGCGCUUUAACAGCAGAGGCUCGUCGUCAAUUAGCCAAAUCAGCUGCUACGUUUGGUUUGCAUCCAUCCGAUUUUUUGCGUCUUUUGGACGCUGACCAACAAUUGGAGGUUGAAUUACGGUUAGCCAAAGCUUUAGAAGAGGAGAAAUUGCAGUUAUCUGGUCGUAAAUCUAGACGUUCUAGACGUUUAUUAAGAGAACGUCGAGCUCAGGAGAAAUUCCCCCGGUUACUGACCACAAAGAUUGGUCUUUUAAAUGGACAACCGAUAUCCAGAAGAACUGUCUACUUAUCUGCUAGUUCGUCAGAUUCUGGUGAUUAUCCAUCGGAUGUGGAGGAUCAAGAUUUUUCAGGUAUUGUUUACGGAAGUCCUACUUCAAAAGCAGCCACUAUUCGUGCUCAGAGGGCUCGUGCUAAACCAAUUCUUUCAAAUGCUCGUGGACCUGCUAUUCUUAUUGGUGGGAUGACAUCGAUAAGUCUAUGUCGUCGGAACAAUAAACAAUCAGGUCACAGUAUUAGUUCAAAAUACCGUUCAAAAUCUGGUCGUACUUCAAGCAGCAGCGGAGAAAGCGUCCGAGGCCACCGUUCCAGUUCAUCUGAUCGAUCUUACUCCAAUCGAGGAUCACGUAGUGGAUUUCGUCGCCCUAAACACUCCCGUGUAGAAUACAUCACUACAUUUGGUGAUAAUGAAGACAAUAAUGAUGAUAAACGAAAUAUUAGUGGGAGUUCACGAUUUGGUUCAAAUAAACAAACAUUGCUAUCUGAUCGAAAUGGAGGUGGAUCAUCUGGUUCAUUAGAUUCUAAACCGCCUGGAUCAGCUGCAUCUGCUGUCGCAGCUUCUGUUGUUUCAAAGCUACUCAGUUCAACAUCACAAACAUCAGUAGUUAAGAGUAAAAGUAGUUUUGUCAGUGCAUCUGGUUCAAAAUCCACAAGAACUGAAUCUCGCAUACGGUCCUCUCCUAGUUUUAGUGAACGAAGAAGACCCCUGCAAUCGAGAAGUCGCUACCGCCGUUCCACCUCUCGAUCUAGUAGUCGGCGAUCACGCAGUUCUCGUGGUAGCAGGAGCCGUAGGAGAUAUCAUAGUCGAACGCGGAAUAGUAAUAGUAGCAGAAGUUAUCGUAGUUCUUACCGGAGGUACAAACGUAGUCCAAAUCGAUACCGCUCAAGGCAUAGGUCCUCUUCAUCAAGAAGAUCGUACUCUAGUUCCAGUACUUCAACCGACAACCGAAAAUCUAACUAUGAUCGUGCAAAUCCGUCUACUAGAUCCUUCAAUCAAAAUCCACCGUAUGAACAAGACGCCGUUAUUCAACCAAACGUUCAAAAACAACCUUCACCUUUAGUACGCAAGCGAUAUUAUCGUCCUGAGUUAGAAUCUGCCGAUGAAUUGGAAUUAUCAGACGAGGAACAAAAUGAUACUAAAAAAGAAUCAUCAAAGUCUUCAGAUGGGAAUUCUGGAAAACAAUUAACCUCAAGGAGGUCGGAUUCAAAUUCAUAUGGAAAUUUCGCGGGUAAGAUGACGUCUCAACAAUUGGUCACGGGUGGUCCUAGUCCAAGCCAUGAUUUAAAAACUCCUGGGGUUGUUGGCUCGACAGUCCGUUCUCUUAUGCCACAAGAAUUAUUGAAACGUCGUGUUCAGUCUCAGCUUACUAAAGCCUUCAAUGCUGACAAAAAAGCCGAGUUAGAAAAACAAAUCCAAUUGGAACGAGAACGUCAGGCUCGAGAAGAAGGACUUCGUCGACAAGCUCGCCUUCUCAGACGUCAAGAAGAAAAACGCUUACGUGCUGAACGACGCGCUAUGGCCAUAGAGUUGGGAUCAGUUCCUGGGAAUUCUUCCGACUCAUCAUCUCAUUCCUCUAGCUCGUCGGGUAGUAGUUAUCACAACAGUAGCCGUGCUAGAUCUAGACGAUUUCAAGCUUCACCAGUUCGUCGACAAUCAUCAAUGUAUUCUUCUGGUAGUCGAAAAUAUUCUCCUCCUCCUCUUCAUUCAUCAUACAGCCGACCUCGAAUAGAGUCGGAACGAGGACUUUUAGGCAGUCCAAGUCGUGUUGUAGAUGCUAGACUACCAUCUCCGCCAUCUAAUACAAAUCUAUGUAAUUUUCCCAGAGACACGCGUGUUCCCAUUAAUCGAAUUCCCCGAUCUAGUAAUUCAUUACUCGGUAGUCCUAUUCAAAAUUCUUAUUCUACUUCAAGAGAUCGUGGAAGUGUUUCCUCAUCGUCAUCUCGAUUUAUUGGGUCCAGGGAAGAACAGCGAAGUUACAGUUCCAUGCGGCCUCACACCUCAUUGCGUGGUGAAUUAGCGAAAAGAUCUGACCAAUAAUAUCAAUCAUUGUUUCAAUAAUUGUUGCCUCACGAAUUGAAUUGGAAACCGUCAAAUCAAUCAGUUAUUCUCCAUAAUAAUAAUAAUAAUAAUAAUAAUAAUUCAGAUAGAUAUUAUGAUCUUUUGUAUACACUUGUUCUUUUGUAAUAAAAAAAACGAAACAUUUGUAUAAUCUAACCAUGAUUUCGAAAUUGUUAUCAUCAUUACAUUUCUUGCAUCACUGUAUAAAAUAGUCCUGUUGUGGAUGCGGAGGAAUAUAUAUAUAUAUACAUAUAUAUAAUCAACACUGUUUAUUAUAUGUUGUUAUAUUAUUACAAGAAGAAUAUAAAAACUAUAUAAGCGUAUAAACAAACCAUUUAUGAUAUGUUAUGUAUAUUCAUUUUGAAAGAAAUACAGAAACUUUCUUACUUGUUCAACUGAUAUAUUAUCAUUUUUAU